AUGAGCACUAUCUUCAACGGUGAUUCCCAAAUGGAGGUUAUCACCGUGCUUGCCAACUGCGGGACUGACACCGACAAGGCUAGGCAAGCUCUCACGAGGUACAUAACACGAAAGCAGGAGAAAGGAAGGCCGACAGAACACAUUCUGAAAAAAUUGCGACAGCUGGAAUUGAAAGUCGGUAGCCUUGAUAUUUUACCAUCACCGCCCUCUGUUAACACAACUUCCUGCACGCAGUUCAUCAAUGACACCACUUUGCACACCGCUUUCCGAGAUGCUAGAGCAUCUACGUGUCUUCCACGAUCACCAGAUGUACCCCUGCCUGACUUUGUCCUCCGUGAAACGGCUGCGAGGACUCGCCGGGAUAGUCGUCAGAGCCUGUCGGCGCAGCGAGAUUUUGCAACUCCAAGUCCUAGUCCCUCCACCCCCAAAAGCUGGUUACAACCAUCUUACUCGCCCGUUCAACAUGUAGGCACAUCCAUAAUAGAGGAAGAUCGGAUUCAACCCGAGGAGGCUUUGCACAAUACUUCCGAGACCUCGUUGAGGAGGCCUUCGCUGCCACCCAUCAAUGCCCCAGGAAGAUUGCCCGUACUAUCGCCGUAUGCUUUUCAGAUCAGCUCCGGUCGUUCUCGCUCCUCUACUCUCCCAUCAUCGCCGAUGUCAUCAACGUUUACCCAUUCUCCAAAAAAACUCCGAACUUCAUACAAUUCUCCACCUCCGACGUCUCCCCUCCCCGAUAUUCCACUAGAUGCAACUGACGACUAUGAUUUGCAUAGCCCGCGAUUUCACUCACCGCCGCCAGCCAAAUCUCGUCCCUUUUCGUCUAGCUCCAAGAGCUCUUCUAGUUCGCAUUCUAGUUAUCUAAAUCCUCGUACACCCGAGAUUGUCCAACAACUUCAUCCUGGAUUCUCUUCACAAUCAGCUAUGACCACCCGAGGCGAUAUCAGUUAUCCACCACGGACAGGAAAAGAUUUACCCCAGCAACCGCUCGUCGUUAUGGAACAAUACCCUUCGGAGACGGACAUUCCUAGCAUGUUUUUACCCAGUCGGGAAGGCUCUUAUGAAGCAUCCGAAAACUCAGGGGGUGACUGUCCCGUACCGUAUCGCGAUUCACCUAUACUCCGCGAACGGCCUGCCAGUCAUAACCACAAUUUCAGUUUUCCGCUAGACAACGCUCUGCAGCUGUGCAAUGCUUCUCUUGUUGUUCGGCGUGAGGUGACCCGGUGCCUCCAGCAAGACCAAGGCUACGAGCAAUAUAACUGGCCGACCGUCUUGCAGGAAUGCGGUAUAGCUGAAGAUGACAUUCCAUUCCUUCUGAACGAGAUGGCUCGGGAAGUGGAGUUCACGGUAUCCAGGGCGUGA